AGUGUAGUGAGAAAUUUCUGAGCUGCAGUUAAAAAGAUAAUAUAUCUUUAUUUGACAUGAAUUUAUUGAUAAUUACUUUGUGCGUUCUGAUAGAAGUGGCAGCGAUAAUAGCUCAGAAAAACGAUGAUCUGAGUAGCUGCCAAAUCCUGGACAAGCAUGGUAAAGAUUACUUUUGCAAUUACUAUUGCCACUACAAUGAUACCGGCAAUCAAGUCCAAAAAUACGGUCAUCCCAUUAGUGUGAGCCCCCAAAAAGGCCAGAAAACGCAAAGUGAAAUAACCACGAAAAGAACAUCGCUACUACGGUAUUCCACAAUUUCGAAAUCCUCUACAACUAAUAUUGGGAAAAAUACUUCUUUUUUUACGUAUAAUAUAAAUAAGGAAAAUAUAAAACCGCCAUACGAGUCAUCGACGUCUCCCACGUUCAAACGGUUUUCCACAACUUCAAAAUCCUCUACAACUUCUAAUAUUGAGAAAAAUAAUAAGUAUAAUAUAAAUAAGGAAAAUAAAGUACCGCCAUACGCGUCAUUUACAUCAUCUACGUCAUCCAGACCAUCCGUGUUAUCCACGGUAUCUUCACCUUCAUUUUCACGUUACUACCUACCAAGCAAAUCUCUUUAGAGCUAUAACACUGAUACUUAUUAUCAUAUAUAUCUAAUGAAGACGAAUCACAUACUAAUCAAGAAGGCUCUUCAAUAUAUCGCUGAACAGCUCGAGAAAAAUGGGGAAUAAUAAGAACAUUGUACUGGAAAUAUGAAUAAAAUCGGUAGUAAGCCUGGGUAAUAUGAGCGAUUAAAAGAAUUCGACGCGCACUUGAUCGCGAUUGAAUCGAGACAUGGAGUACUCAAUUCUCGAGGUCAGCAAUUUCAAGAUUCGGCCCUUCUUGUGAUUAUUUUUAUACUUUUGCGCUUACAUAAAUUUUUAUUUUUUACGACAUCUGUGUAUUUAUAUAUAAGAAGAAAAUCUUAAUAAUAUUCUGUAAAUAAAUAUUAUUGAUAUAAGCCAAGCAUGUUUCUUAUUAAAUUGAUAUUUAUCAAGGAUCAUGACAGGCAAUAGUACUUGGUUUUUUAAUCAAUGGUAUUAUAUCAACGGCUGCUUACAAUAUUUUUUAACAGAAGGAGCGUUAAUAAUGCGAUAAAGUGUGUAUGUUGUAUGUCAAAGCGCUAUAAAAUAGUAGAAAAUUUGAUGCAUUAUGCGCAAAUUCCUUCAUGUGUGAGCGUCAUUUUUCGAAAACUCUUAUAAUCUAUUACUUUAUAAAGAUACUGAUUUAAAAUCUUGCCAAGAAGAUCAGAUUUUGCAUGCGUGUACGUGCGCGUUUGGCUCAUCCACAAACGUGGUUUAUUGGAAUGAGGAAAACGAUAAACAGAUAAAAGAGCUCAAGAUAUUUUUUAAAUAUUCGGAAUUUUUGAAUGUCAGAUAUAUAAAGCUUGCACAGUAUAUUAAGUCAGUGUACUGAGAAAUUUUCGAGCUGUAGUUAGGAAAAUAGUAUAUCUUUAUUUUGCAAAAUUAAUAACUCAUGUAUUACUCAUGUAUACUCUUUA